AGAGGAGACUGUUUUUGACCCUGUCCCUGAAUUUACAGCUGAGAGAACACGGCAACCCAGAAAACCAGGAGUGGAGGUUGACCCUGCGGGAGAAAGGGGUUCAUCAUGGCAGAUGACCUGAAGCGAUUCCUGUAUAAAAAAUUACCAAGUGUUGAAGGGCUCCAUGCUACUGUUGUGUCAGAUAGAGAUGGGGUGCUAGUUAUUACAGUGGCCAAUGAUAAUGCUCCAGAGCAUGCUUUGAGGCCUGGUUUCUUCUCUACUUUUGCCCUGGCAACAGACCAAGGAAGCAAACUUGGACUUUCAAAAAAUAAAAGUAUCAUCUGUUACUAUAACGCCUACCAGGUGGUUCAAUUCAAUCGUUUACCUUUGGUGGUGAGUUUCACGACCAGCAGCAAUGCCAAUACAGGAUUCAUUGUCAGCCUAGCAAAGGAACUCGCUCCAUUAUUUGACGAUCUGAGACAAGUUGUGGUAGUGCCAGCCAAAGGCAUUUUAUCUGCAGGACUGAAUGGCGCUACCCCAGAACAGGGUCCACGUGGUGCAGGGGCCUGGAAGACUUCAGGUUUUGAAUCCCAGCCGAGCACCUGGGAGACACAGGAGACUGUGGAUCGGGACAAGCGGCCGCCCUCGCUACUCUAUGAGGGCUGCCUGAACAGUGUGGUUUAA